AUGCGUGAAUGCAGAUAUGAGCUAUGCGGGUCUUCAGAGACAAGGACUUCAACUCACAUCAUCAGAGUCAGGGGCUCGACGACUUCUUAUGAUAGAAUAUAUGCCGAUGACUCUGAACCGCCAACGUCGACGAGGCCCCUCUCAGAAUUGGGCCCUUGCGGCUGGGACUUGACGGAGUAUGGACAAGCUGAAUUGAUGCAGGAUAUGUUUGCUUACCGCUAUCGCACGUACCCUGAAGAAGUAGCUGAGCAGAAGCUGAAGAAAACCGUCGACAUUCUCCUGCGGGAACGCGGUUGUACCCUCGAUACUCUGCUCGAAGACGAAGUUUUUGAGUCAUUUCCCCUGGCGCGAUACGGUUGUAUGGGCGGGUAUGAAUACGAGGAUAGAGGUCUUUCUAUGCCAGGACUGAUUCUCGCUAUCCUGCUGGUUACGACGCCGCCCUGCAAUCAUAUGGAGUGCUUGAAGACAAAGAGGCUAUAUGUCACCAUCCUCGCUAUGUUGCCCAUUCUUCAGUCAGUAUUGGGCCGUAGUAAUGGGGUAAUACGGACACAGGCCCUUGUUGCUGUCUAUGAAUACGGUCACGGAUUAUACUAUCAAGCGUAUCUCAACCUCAAUUCAGCUAUCUGCAUGGCAUCACGAAUUGAGAUGCCUCAAUCUAUCCAUCUCGAGUUUGCUCUGGAGUUGAGGUUAUCUCUCAUGUUGUUAGACUGCAUGCUUGCCUUGUCAACACACCAUAGAGAUGAAGGCUGGCUUCCUCAUGGAGACGAAGGUUGGCUUCUUCUCAUUUGCCAUCCGGGACAUGCCAUGGUAAGAGCCGUGGAAGAUAACCUUGCGACGCUUAGAACACCCGAAGGGGACCCAAGACCUGGUGAGACUAAUCAGAGUUCCCUGUCCAUGCACCAGAGCGUAUCGAUAGCAGGGAACUCAGCCUCAUGCGAUUAUCAGUAUCUGACAGCGCCAUUGACUUCGGCAACUGGGACAGAUAACCCACAGCCGCCACCCACGGACUGUUUCCUCUUUUUGGGGCACUGCGGCUGGGACUUGACAGAACACGCCCAAGCUCAAUUAAUGAAAGCUAUGUUGGCAUAUGAUUCUAAUGACGCCGUUGCGAAAGCUGGGCUAGGAGAUAAUGUCAUGAGAGUCUUUCGCGAUCGUGGUUGCACGAUACAGGAGCUCCUCAAAGAUCCCGCCUUUGAGUCGUUACCUCUUGUGGAAAGUCUUCGCACGACUGGCAGUCCUCAUCGUUCGCACCCUGAAGACUCCUCCUGGCCCAUUUUACAUCUCGCCGUUCUCCUCGUCGCCACACCACCUUGCGAUCACAAGGCAUGUUCACAGACCAAGCGACUCUAUGUGACUGUCAAGGCCUUGUUUGCACUUACGCAACUUCAUCUUCCAAACCAUGCGGAGCUGGUACAGACUCAGGGUCUUAUCGCGUUAUACGAAUGUGGUCAUGGGAUGCUAGAGCAUGCACAUGUGACUCUUAAUUCAGCCUUCACAAUGGCCGCGAGGCUAGAUGUUGACCUAUCGAGCAUACUGACAUCCUUGGAGUGGAGAUUAUCUCUCAUGCUCAUUGAUAUCUUGGUUGCCUUGCAGGCGCUUCAUAGGAAGCACGACUGGAUCCCUCUCGCUUGCCCACCUCAUCACGAUAUGGUAAAGGCUAUCAAACAUAACUUUACAGUGUUGAAAACCCCAAACGGAACCCCGAGACCCGAUCUUGCUUCUCAGCGGGUUUUGGAACUUGGUACAAUUGCGUUUCAAUGCGGACAUAUCCUGCAGCACGUUCACGACUCGAAACGCGUCCCUCGAACUGCAAACCCGCAUUGUGAAUUAAUGGUCGAAUUUGAAAAUUCUCAUCCCCCCUUCGACGAGUAUACCGUACACCUAGAUAUAGACCUGUCUAUAAGACUACCCACGAGUUGCAUCUUUGCCCACACGUUGGAGAUGUAUGACUUGUGUUAUGCCGAUAUUCCCUUCCAAGAGGUUGAUCAAGCGAGACUUGCGGCUGCGAGAUUAAAUCACCAGAGAGAACUUGACUUACAGCGAGCCUUCACACGCCGGUGUCGUGCAAGGGCUGCUAUUGACGCACAACUCAGCUUUGCCACGAAUUCCAGUGGAGAGGAGGACCAAAAACAGUUCUCACUAGUAAGGAUUAUCCCUGUAAUACCAGAAAUGAGGAGGCUAAGCAGAAGAUGGCCAGCUGCGGAAUAUGUCAAUCAGAUUUCCGAUGAUAUUCAGAAACGGCAGCGGUCUAAGGAUACCCCUCUGGGUAAUCUACCGGCGAACACUGGAUGA